GGCAUGCGUUCUUUUACAGAUGAAUUACACUCCUUCCUUGUUCUUUUUGAAGCAUUCUUGAUAACAUCGUGUGAAGAUGGAACACGCCUUUUAAUAUUAUUAUUUUAAAUAAUGAUGAGAUAAGAAUUGUUCGCAUGAAAUGGGUCAUGAAGUUGUUUUCACUGAGGGAAAGUGUUACCGUUCUGCGUAAUUAAGGACAACAAUACUACUUUAACUGUGUUGUUAUUAUUGCUGCUGUUACUAUGAACAUGAUAGAAUCUGCACUAUGCUGCUCAGCAGAUGUCGACCUCUGGCGUCAAAACCUCCUUUAGGCAACAACUUUCCUCCCUUUGCAACAUGAUACGGCUGCCACGUAGCUCAAACUUCCUGAAGAGGAGCCAGUGGAGUUUGAGAGGAGCGUCUUAAUUUGGCUAAUCCCCCCAGCUUUAGCGGUGAGUCUAUAUGUUGUUGUUUUUUGACACAGUAGCAGAUUGAUGUGCAGAAGUCAACGGCGACUGAAGAGGCUCCUCACAGCUCCGGACUGUUGUGAUAUUAGCAGGGACAGAUGGGUGGAGGGAGUGCUGCAUCUGUACGUUCCGUUGCAAACAGGACACGAGACUCUCUGUGGGUGUCAGAACAGGAGAACAGGAAGGCACCACGGCAACUAUCAGUCACUAUUGUGUGUUUUGCUUAUAUUUUAAAGAUGAAGUCCUUGAAGAAACGUUUCAAGUUCUGCACAGCGUGACUGACAUGCACAUAACAGGACACAAGCAAUGGGUUCCUCCAUCCUCCCAUUGGCCAGUGUGGUGUCCACUCUGGGGGGCCUGGUCUUUGGUUAUGAGCUGGGCAUAAUCUCAGGUGCCUUGUUUCAGCUGAAGGCAGAGUUCAGUCUCUCGUGUGUCCAGCAGGAGGCUCUGGUCAGCUCUUUGUUAUUUGGAGCGCUGUUAGCCUCUACCAUUGGUGGCUGGCUGAUUGACCGUCAUGGACGCAGGAACGCCAUCCUCCUCAGCAACAUCCUUAUCCUGACAGGCAGCCUGGUCCUGCUCAUCAGUUCCUACCCUGCAUUAGUGGUUGGGAGGAUAACCGUGGGCUUUGCCAUGUGUAUAUCCUCCAUGUCCUGCUGCAUCUUUGUGUCUGAGAUGGUUAGUCCAGACCGUAGGGGCUUCAUGGUAAUACUGUAUGAAGCUGGGAUUACUGUGGGGAUCCUGGUUGCAUAUGCUGUGAAUUACCUCCUUUCUGACUCCAGGAGAGGAUGGAAGUGGAUGUUUGGAUUUGCUAUAUUGCCAACUUUGCUUCAGCUGCUCUCUGUGUGGUUCCUUUCGUCCAGCAUGAAGAAAGAUGUAAGCUACUGCUGUCAGACUGAAAGAGUCCUCAUGAGUCCCGCUGAAACUCAAGAAGUAGAUGACGCAAAACUUACCUCCAGCAAAGACAGCAAGAGGGCUCAGUGUGACAGCAUGUACCUGUUCCAGAGUAAAGACAACAUGAGGACUCGGACUGUCAUUGGUCUCGGACUAGUGCUCUUUCAGCAGUUCACAGGUCAGCCAAAUAUUUUAUUCUACGCCUCCACCAUCUUCAGCUCAGUGGGCUUUCAGAGCACCAACGCAGCACUUCUGGCAUCCACAGGCCUGGGGUUGGUCAAAGUGAUCGCAACUCUGAUCUCGAUGGUGUUUUCAGACAGAGUGGGCAGGAGACCGAUGCUCAUCAGUGGAUGCUCUGUAAUGGCCCUGGGUCUGAUAAUCAUUGGAGCCUUCUGUGGACAUUCACCAAUGAAUGCUAAGACGUCUUGUAAUUCUGUGAACACAACAGAUCCACCUCAGUUAACUGCUGUAAAUCAGUCAGUCUUUAACUUACCUCUCGAUGAGAGCCUCAGGCUUUUCCAUAACAAUACACGUCAUGAAAAUCUGUCAUUUGAAGUUGGACAAAAGCCACUGGAACCUGCUGUGUCGCCCACGAUCCACAGCUCAGUGGUGAACUGGGUGAUUCUCCUUUGUAUGAUGGCUGUCGUCAGUGCGUACUCCGUUGGAUUUGGACCAAUGACCUGGCUUCUCCUGAGUGAGAUAUUUCCCACUGCUGUCAGAGGAAGGGCAUUCGCAUUCACCAACUGCUUCAACUGGGCUGCCAACCUGCUGGUCACGUUCACUUUCUUGAAUGUUGUCGAUGCGAUCGGUCUGUCGAAGGUGUUUUUUCUCUACGGGAUCACCGCUGUCACAGCUGCUGUAUUUUUUUACUUUAUGCUGCCAGAAACCAAAGGGAAAACUCUGGAGGAGAUAGACGCGGAGCUGCGAUUAACCAGGUUUUACCACAGUGACAGUUGCUGCGGCCGCGUCAUUCUGAGGAGGACGUCGCCACAGUACCAGAGAGUUCACACAACUUAGCAUCUCAGAGUGAAUAUUCCGAAACUGUUAUAAUCACAAGACAUUGGCCUACACUUGAGGGUUGGUUGAAACACAUCCGGAAAACACAAAAUAAAGUCAUCCUGUCCACAAUAAUAACAGUAAUCUAAAUCAAGUUUAUGGCUUGAAGUAAAUGUUGCCCUGUGGCUCUUGAUAUGUGUGUGGAAUCUUGAUGAAAUGUGCUGAUAAAGUCUGUUUUAUUUUCACACAUUGUUGUAUUUGGUUGGUUUGACAGUCCAGAAAAUUGUGACAACAGCAUCAGUCUGAAUACACCUUAUUUACUAUAACACAAAUAUGACAUCGUUUUUACUGACAUUUCUGCAACACCUUAUAUUAUUUUAAAUCAAUAAACAUGCCAUUUCUGAGA